GGGCUAAGGGGGAUCACAACAAAAAUUUUAGCAAAACACAAUGAACGACGAUUCAAAUAAAAACUUUGUAAAUUUAUUUUGUGAUUUUAGCUUUAAUACCGUCUGUAGACUAUGCCUUGAAAAAACUCAGCCGAACAAGAAAAUGUCCCAGCUCUUUGAGCCAAAGCAAAACAAUUUAAUUAGCGAUCUACCCGGAAUGAUUAUGGCUUGUGCUUCCAUACAGAUCAUUGAGGGGGAUGGUUUGCCAAGCACGAUUUGCAGCAAAUGUUUGGCAAAGUUAAACGUUGCGUGGCAGUUUAAGCUUCAGUGUGAAAACUCGGAUGCGAAAUUGAGGCAGUUUUAUUUCAAUAACUCUUCACAACUGCCAAUUGCGCCGGUGUUUGAUGGGUUCGGCUUUGAUUUAAAGCAUGAACAGCACGUUUGUGUUUUAAAGUCCGAAUUGGAUGUCGCAAAUUCUUACAAUAAUACAUCAGAACUUAUUUCUGGAGGCAAUCUUGCCACCCCACCACCGCUUAAGAGAGAACAGGAGUGUAAAAAGGUGAAAACGAAGAAAAUUAAACGUCAAAAGACAGAAAGGAAGGACUUAAAAAUACAUCAGUGUGAUACCUGCGGGAAGACAUUUAACAGACGAGAAUAUUUGACACAGCACAUACGAAUUCAUACAGGUGAAAAGCCAUACCAUUGCCAUUUGUGUGAGAAACGUUUUGUAAAUUCGGGCCAUUUGACCACUCACAUGAGAACUCACACAGGAGAACGUCCACAUUCGUGCACUUUGUGUCCGAAAGCAUUUUCGACACGUCAAGAAUUACAUAAACACACAAUGGUGCACAACGGCGAUCGACCUUUCGUGUGUAAAAUGUGCGGUAAAUGCUUCGGUAGUUCCAGUAAUCUAUACUCGCAUUUGAAACAUCACACGGGCGAAAAGAAUUUCACCUGCGAACAUUGCGGGAAGGCGUUUUAUACCAAGCAAGAGUUAAAGCAGCAUUUGGUCGUUCAUACAGGCGAAAAAGCAUUCCUUUGUGAAUUGUGUAAUAAGCGUUUUUCACAAAUUGCCCAUUUGAGACGACAUUCAAAGCUGCACAAAUAAUGCAGAAAUUGGUAUAUUCACCCAAGCACUAAACAUAUCAGUAUUCUUUGAGAUAUUCUAAUGAUAAGCUUACUUUUGUCAUUUUUUUGUACUUAAUGUGUGUCAUUGUUUAUAUAUUUAUGUAUUUAUUAUAAAUUUAAAAUUUGGAAAAGUAGUUUUGCACGCAAAUUUAGUGAGCUAAUUGCUCAGCUGUGUGCAUUGGUCCCAAAGACAUUGUGAUUAAUUUUGAUAGUUACAUUUUAUUUCAAAAACAGUAUCAAUGGAUGGUAUAGAUACUUAUAGGCAACCAACUAUACACGUGAGUAAGAUUUCUCUCCAAAGGUAUGCAACUGUCAUGUGAGCAAUUCGAACUUAUUUGUAACGUCACUACGAACUUUGCCGAACGCAUUUGAAAACUGAAAGUAGAAGUCUCAAAAAUUCGAGAAGGGUUUCGGGAAUAUAUAAAUUCUUGAAGCCAAAAGAAAUUUUAAAAACAACUCUUGUUUGUCGCCUGUAGUGCCAUAGUGGUCGUUGCCUAUAGCCAUUUAUUCUAUGCAUACCUAAAAAGACUUUAAUACGAAAUAAAUUAGGGGAGCCAAUAAUCCGAAAUGAAAAAAUUGCUAUGGUGCGUUGUUCCGGUAUAAAUUUCAUUUUGGCUUAAGUAGGCAGUUUUGGCCAACCCAACGCACAAUAUGCUUAGGUGCAUAACUUUUUAAUGUUAGACAGCGAAAAG